UUCAGCUGAUCCUUGUUUUUAUAAACGUCAAAUUAUAAGUAAUGAGUUGGCUAGAGAACUUCGAUUUUUAUCAUCAAAAUUCUUUUAUAUACAAAUAGUAUUUUAAGAAUUUGUAAAAGGAGAAAAGUCAUGACUGCAAUGUUAUGAAAAAAUACAAAACACGGAAAUACCUCAUUUGUUUCCAUUAUUUAAGAACUGUUUAAUUUAUUGCAAUGCCUAAUUUAUUAAAAAUGUUAUUGGAUCAUACGAUUAUAAAAAUUAGCUUAAAUAGUAUAAUCAUUUUUAUAACUGGUGUAUUUUUUUCGUCUGUAAUAUUUUUGUUUAUACAUAACAAAUAUUUCCGAUAUUCACAAAUUAGCUUCCAUGUACCAGAUGAAACAAAUUUACAAGUUCGAGAUGAUUUUUCUGUGUAUUCUCCAUUCAUUCCAAGAAAUGAACAAAAUGAUAUUAUUGAAUUAAAUGCAAAUAUCCAAGAGGCAAUAUCUACUCUAAGAUUAGCAAUUGAAAUGAAGUCUGCUGGUAAACCUGAUAAAGCUUGUCGAUUAUUUAAACAUGCAGUUGCUCUCGCACCUAAGCAUCCAGAAAUUUUGGUAAAUUAUGGUGAAUUUCUUGAACAAUAUCAUAAAGAUAUUGUUCAAGCAGAUCAAUUAUAUUAUCAAGCUUUAAUGAUUAAUCCAAGAGAUACACAAGCAAUUGAAAAUAGAAGGCGAACUGCGAGUAUUGUUGAUGUAAUUGAUGAAAAUACUUUAAAAGAGUUAGAUAAAAAACGUGAUGCUUUAUCAGGAAUUGAAGAAUCAAAUAGCGCAUUAAGACGAGCAAAAAAAGAAGCGUAUUUUCAGCAUAUAUAUCAUUCAGUUGGUAUUGAAGGAAAUACAAUGACUUUGGCUCAAACUAGAUCUAUCAUAGAAACAAGGAUGGCGGUUGAUGGCAAAUCAAUUGAUGAGCAUAAUGAAAUUAUAGGUCUUGAUGCUGCUAUGAAAUAUAUUAAUGCAACUUUAGUUAAUAAACAAGGAUAUAUAACUUUAAAAGAUAUUUUAGAAAUACAUCGUAGAGUACUUGGACAUGUAGACCCAAUUGAGGGUGGUGAAUUUAGGAGAAAUCAGGUUUAUGUAGGUGGGCAUGUCCCACCCGGGCCGGAUGAUCUUGCCGUAUUGAUGAAUAGUUUUGAAAGAUGGUUAAAUUCUGAAAAUUCAUUUACUAUGCACCCAGUCAAAUAUGCUGCACUAGCACAUUAUAAAUUAGUCCAUAUUCAUCCUUUUAUUGAUGGAAAUGGAAGAACUUCAAGACUUUUAAUGAACACAAUAUUAAUGAGAGCUGGCUAUCCACCAAUCAUUAUACCAAAACAAUUAAGACACAGAUAUUAUAACUACUUACAAUUAGCUAAUGAAGGUGAUAUACGUCCAUUUAUUCGUUUUAUUGCUGAGUGUACGGGUAGAACACUAGACUUAUAUUUAUGGUCUACAAGUAAUUUAGCGCAACCUAUACCACUUUUAGAAGAACAUAUUAAAAUUAAAAACAAAUCAGAAUUGAUUUUUACUGAAGAAGUAAUUGAAGACAUAAUUGGUGGAGAAGAAGAAUUCAAAUCAGAAUCUUCAUUGUCAAGAAGCUGACAUAAAUUUAAUUUAACUAAAGCAAUUCUAUUUUUAUUUAUUUAUUAUUCUGUAGCAGUAUAAAACUUUUGAAGGCGGGUAUUUACUGUGAUAAUAAACUCAUUCAGUUUUAAAAACAAUUUAUUUAGGUAGGCGGUCACCAAAGUAGAUACGCACUACCUAACCAAAGUUGCAUAAUAUAUUUAAAAUUUAAAUUGUACAUACACUUGAAUAUACAUAAACACCAUUGCUUGAAAAUUUUUCAAUAAAAAUUUUGUUUUUAU